UUAUGAAAAAGUGCAUAAAGUGGAUUAUUUCAAUAAAGUCGUUUAAUAACUAAAUUGUGAACAAUUCUCAAUAUUAUUUGGAUUAACUAAGAUGAUAUCGAACCAACAGCAACAACAUCAGUCUAAUAGUCUGGAAGUGACCAAUAAUUCGCUGUUGGUUACGAGUGGAACAUCAGAAGAGCUGAACUUCACAGCUUUCAUCGAUCUAUGUCGUUUUUGUUCCAUUAAAAUGGGACCGCGAUUAAAUCUCUUUGAAAAAGAAGCUGAACAAAGACAAUUAUUAUUCAAAAUAAGAACAAUUUUACCAAUUUCUAUUGCCAAAGAAGAUUUUCUACCGAAGAAAGUCUGUGAACGGUGCGUGAAUAGAAUCGAACAAUUUUUUGAGUGGCGAACAAGUUGUGUUCAAACUGAAAGCAUCUUCAAAAACUACGCGGAAUCUAUGAGAAACGUAACAGCAACAAUAAACUUUCAAGACGGAACAGUUAACAUUGAUAAAAUGACACCAGCACAAAGACAUGCAUAUGUUGAUGCUCAUAUGACAGUUCAACAACAUAUAGCUCAAGCCAAUCUGCAUUAUCAACAACAACAUAACAGUUCAACAUCACGUCAAGUAAUAAAAGAAAAUGAUCAACAAAACAAUCAUCAUUCAACGUCACAAGGAUCAACAAUGACAACGGUAUCAUCUCAUCAACAAUAUACGUCGAAUUUAAAAAUCCCCCAAAUAUCUUCAAGUGCUUCAGCUUCUGCGACAACGUCGACAUAUACAACAGUUCCUGAUGAUGGCCUAGGAUAUGAUAAUGGAAUAAGAGUUCUUCAAUCACUUGGCAGUUGGACUGCUGACAUUCCACCAAACAUUCCACGUCCCAAUCUAAUUCCAUUCACUGAGCCUUACGUUGAAGGUGGUUCCCUUAAUCCAAACAGUCGUUUACUUCAACAUCAUCAUCACACCACAAAACAUCACGGAACAUCAAUAAGUACAAGCUCGAGAAAAAGUCGGAGUAGCAAUGCCAAUGCCCCAAAGGCUUUUGAGUGUACAGUUUGUGGAAAGGGACUCGCAAGAAAAGACAAGUUAACGAUACAUAUGAGAAUUCAUACAGGUGAAAAACCGUAUAUCUGUGAAGUGUGUGACAAAGCUUUCGCCCGAAGAGAUAAGUUGGUUAUACACAUGAAUAAGUUUAAACACAUUACUCCGACAAAUAUCGCUCCACUUGGAAAGCGCCACAAUAAUCUUGCCAGUUUAAUUAAAAAAGAAGAACAACAUCAACAGAAAGCUGUAAUUAUCACCCAUGAAGCAAAACCGGCACCAACAAGUGAACACCAUCAACAGUCAACACAAUCUUUUCAACUCCAUCAUCAGAUUCAAAGCCAAAGUGUUCCAUCGAGUGGAUUAAAUACAAUAACUCACACGAUAAGUUCACAAAAUCAUCAUUCGCAACAGCACUCUCAUCAACAACCAACCACAAUCUCUAAUCUCGGCCAACAACUUUGGACAUGCGAACUUUGUAAUCGCAUUUUGCCAACAAGGGAAGAAUGGACGGCACAUGCGAAAGCCCACAUGGAGCCAACCACCCGCAACGACUUUGUCAUCAUCAUCACAAACUUUACCAUCGACAACGCAACUUCGGACACACAGCAAAUGAAUUACAUAAUUUUAGAAAACAGCAACUAUCGUCCAUCAACAAGUGUCGCCAGUUAUAUUGAAGAAGUCGUUCCAAUACGAGAUGACACUGUCAUUACAUCACAACAAACUUCAGUCACCACAUCGUUAACCAAUGCACCGAUUUCCUCCUCGUUGACUUCCCAAUGCAUUCUUUGUCGGGAGAUUUGUUUGAACAAAAACGAUCUCAUCCAACAUUUACGUAAUCAUUUAGCGGAUGAUAAUAAAACUUAUGUCAUAAACAACACAUCAAAUAUGGCGGCAGUUCCAUCUUCCGGUCACGAGACUAACGCUACAACAAUCACAGUUCCGAGUUCACUUGUCGAUCUUUUGAAGUUGGAUAACAAAGAGUUAUGCGCUUAAAUGAAAACAAGGAAAGGAAAUUAGAGAAGAAAAAAAUUGUUGCACUUAUUUUAUUAAGUAAAUGAAGCCGGUUUUUAAAUAUCCAACAUCCAAGUUGAAGUUUAACGUAUGAUCAAUGAAAAUCAGAUCAAUGUAGGAAAAAAGAAAAACUGAAUCGACAAAUCUCAUUACAUAAAUGAAAAGUUAGAAACUUUCACAAUAAAAUCAAAUGCGGCAUUGAAUGUCAUCGCUGUUGCUAUUUGAACAAGUUCCAAUAUUUCCACACCUACAAUUUCCUUCCCAUUUAAGUUAGCCGCUGCAGAGCUAUUUAAAAUUAAAUUUUAAACAUAAACGAGAAGAAAAUCGUUUUAAAAUUAAUCGUCGAUAUCAUUCGCAAUGUUUUUUUAUUAUCGAUGGAGCAAUGAAAUUAAUAAAUAGAUAAAUACCAAACGCAUUUGAAGCUAAACAAGUAAAUUAUUAUCAAUUACAAUUACUUUGUUGUCAUUCAUUAGGAGAUCAUAUGUAGCUUGUAGUUACGUGUAUAGAUAAUAAUCGGAUGUAC